GCCGCGAAAAUCAACGCGAUGUUAAUGGCCAAAGGGAAGCUGAAGCCGGCGCCCAGCACGGCGGACAAGCUGCAGGCUCUGGGAAAAGGUCCAGCUACAAGUAAAAGCAAAGAUGACCUAGUGGUGGCAGAGGUGGAAAUCAACGAUGUCCCCCUCACGUGCAGAAACCUGCUGACGAGAGGACAGACGCAGGACGAGAUAAGUCGACUGAGUGGAGCAGCUGUCUCUACGCGAGGGAGGUUCAUGACUGCAGAAGAGAAAGCAAAAGUGGGACCUGGAGAUCGUCCUUUGUAUCUUCAUGUCCAGGGUCAGACACGGGAACUGGUUGACAGAGCCGUUAACCGAAUUAAGGAGAUCAUUACUAAUGGAGUAGUGAAAGCGGCCACAGGUUCGAGUCCCACCUUCAACGGAGCCACAGUUACAGUCUAUCACCAGCCAGCCCCUAUUACUCAGUUGUCUCCAGCAGUUGGCCAAAAACCUCCAUUCCAGUCAGGGAUGCAUUAUGUUCAGGACAAGUUGUUUGUUGGCCUGGAACACGCUGUACCUACCUUUAAUGUGAAGGAGAAGGUGGAAGGGCCGGGUUGCUCCUACUUGCAGCACAUUCAAAUUGAAACAGGCGCCAAAGUCUUUCUUCGUGGGAAAGGCUCAGGUUGCAUAGAACCGGCAUCGGGCAGAGAAGCUUUUGAGCCCAUGUACAUCUACAUCAGUCACCCAAAGCCAGAAGGUUUGGCAGCUGCUAAAAAGCUGUGUGAGAACCUAUUGCAAACCGUUCAUGCUGAAUACUCCCGCUUUGUGAACCAGAUAACCACGGCGGUACCCUUGGCAGGCUUCACGCAGCCCGCUGCUAUAAAUAACGUACCUUCCCAGCCAUCCUAUUACCCCUCCAAUGGGUAUCAGUCUGGAUAUCCUGUGGUUCCCCCGCCCCAACAACCAGUUCAGCCACCGUACGGUGUACCAGGCAUAGUACCACCUGCAGUGCCGUUGGCCCCUGGAGUCUUAACAACACUGCCCACAGGAGUUCCGCCUGUGCCAACACAGUACCCGAUAUCUCAAGUACAGCCUCCAGCCAGCACUGGCCAG